AUGAGCUCUGAGCAAUUGGCUACCUCUUUUGACGAACCCGUUCUCUUGGGUGUCAUUGGUGGCACUGGUCUCUACUCUCUGUCUGGUUUAGUCCCAGUGGCCAAAUUGGAUAUUACCACUCCUUGGGGUAAGCCCUCGUCUCCAGUCACUAUUUCCAAGACUGCUUCUGGAUUCCCCAUUGCCUUUAUCUCGAGACAUGGUGUUCACCACGAGUUCACUCCCUCGACCGUGCCUGCUCAGGCUAAUAUCGCUGCUUUGAAGCACCUGGGUGUUAACUCCAUCAUUGCUUUUAGUGCUGUAGGAUCUUUACAACAGCAUAUCAAACCCCGUGAUUUUGUUAUCCCUACUCAAAUUAUCGACCGUACCAAGGGCAUUCGUCCUUCUACUUUCUUCGAUACUGGAUUUGUCGCUCAUGUUCCUUUCGGUGAUCCAUUCGAUUACAAGCUGGGUAAGCUUUUGGGAGAGUUUGGACAUGCUCUAGGUGCCGAACAUGAAGGUGACGAGGUUCUCUUGCACACCAAGAAAUCUGAAGGCGGCAAAGACCUUACCGUCAUCUGUAUGGAGGGUCCUGCCUUUUCUACCAGAGCUGAGUCUAAAUUGUACCAAUCAUGGGGAGGCUCAGUUAUUAAUAUGUCGGUUUUACCAGAAGCUAAGUUGGCUAAGGAGGCCGAGAUCUCUUAUCAGAUGAUCUGUAUGAGUACUGAUUAUGAUGCCUGGAGAGAGGAAGAGGAGCCAGUCACUCUAGAGAUUGUUGUUGGUAACCUCAAGGCCAACAGUGCCAAUGCUAACAACUUGCUUGUUGCUGUUCUUUCUACUGUUGAAAAAGCUAUCAAGGCUGGUGAGAUUGGCAAGGAUCUCGAAGGAUUCAUGCGUCAUUCAGUUGUCACUGGUAGACCCGCUCACGACCCAGUCGUCAAGGCCAAGGUCCAAUACCUAUUUCCUCACUACUUUGACGAGGAAAGAAACUUGUAA